GCUCGGGCAGUGAUGAUGCUGGCUGAGAUCUUGCAGCUCAAACACGAAGCUGUAGAUGUGAACCUGAUGGCUGGCGAACAUCUUACACCAGAAUACUUGGAAAAGAAUCCAUUACACACAAUACCGUUUCUAGAAGAUGGUGACUUCUACGUUACUGACAGUCACGCUAUUAACACGUACUUGGCAUCUAAGUAUGGCGGCGCGCAAUCAGAGAAGCUUUACCCAACAGACUUUAAAGUGAGAGCGACUGUCGACUCCAGGCUGUUCUUUGACGUUUCAGUUGUUUCACCAGCCUCAAGCGCUAUAACAGUCGCACUUUUUAAUGGAGAAAUCACAUCACCGACUAAACAACAAACUGAAAAGCUGAACUUUGCUUAUGAAGUAUUGGACAAAUACUUACAGAAGACUAAAUUCGCGGCAGCAGAUCAUCUGACGGUAGCUGACAUUUCACUUGCAGCUUCAAUUUCAUCAGCAUCUCUUCUGGUCCCUAUUGACCAGAAGUACACCAAACUAACGGCCUGGUUGAACACAAUCCAACAAGAAGACUGGUACAAGAAGAAGAAUGUACCAGGAUUAGAAGUUUACAAGGCAUUCGUGUCCUCCAAACUGAAGUAGAUUGUUCUUGUAAGUUCCUAUUUGAUAAUAUUGUUAUUUGAACUAAAUAAAUCUUAUUUUAAUGUAA